AUGGAGUCCAGCAACUCACCGCGACAGCACAAGAUUUUUGAGGGAGAUCUACCCGCCUUCCUGUCGCGGAUCACGCUGGAUUCCUAUGGUGCUUACAGGCGUACCGGUCAAAUCGACCAUGUCGACACGGCAGUCAUCAGUGCCCAGCAGGCCGUCGCCAAUACCGCAAAUAAUGAUCCAAAUCGUGCAGGCAGAUUGAGCAACCUGGCAAUCAUGCUGGAAAGCCGAUAUCAGCGGACUGGGGUCAUCAGCGAUCUUAGAGAAGCCGUUAGUGCGGCUCAACAGUCAGCCCUGAUCACGCCGGAUGACCACCCAGACCGUGCGGGCAGGUUGAGCAACCUGGCGAAUUACCUCGAGGACUAUUAUAAGCGGACUGGAAUGGUGGAUGACCUCGAUGGAGCAGUCGACGCCGCUCGGCAGGCAGUCGCAGCCACGCCGGUCCAGCAUCCGAACCGCGCUGGCAGGCUGAACAACUUGGGGAUGGUGCUCGAGACCCGGUUCGAACGAACCAAAGUGAUGGAUGAUCUCGAGGAAGCCAUCACUGUGGGUCGACAAGCAGCCGCUGCCACGUCUAGUAAUCGCCUGCCUCAUAUCACCUGCUUGAAUAACUUAGCUAGAAGGUUCUAUUGUUUAUAUACACAAACUACGGCGCUGACCGACCUUGAGGUAGCGGCGGAUUUAGCUAAAACAGCGGUCGCGGCUACGCCUGAUGGCCAUCCUGAUCGUGUGGGUUGUUUGAAUCACCUAGGGAAUAUUCUUGAGUGUUGGUAUAAAACUACCGGUUCAAUGAAGCACCUCGAGGAAGCCAUCGAUGCAUCCCAGCAGGCCGUUGCAGUUGCGUCAGGCAAUGGCUCGGACCGAAUAGCAUGUCUUGUCAACCUGGGAAACAAACUCGUUCUUCGAUACGAGAAAAACGAUGCGAUGCACGAUCUUGACGAAGCAAUUGAUAUGGCCCGACAAGCAGUUGCAGUGACAUGUAAAGACCACCCGGAUUACCCAAGCUACCUGAAUAGUCUAGCAAGCAGACUGAGCCGUCGUUUCAACCGAACCGGAGAGGUCGCUGAUAGCGAAAGAGCAAUCCGUACGGCUCGAAAACUACUUAAAGCAGUUCCCCAAGGCCAUCCAGACCACGCAGGUUGGUUGAGCAACCUAGGGAUAAUGCUCGAAAGUCGGUAUAGGCAACUGGGGACAAUGGACGACUUGGAGGAGGCGAUUGGCGUGACACGGCAAGCUGUUGCAAAUACGCCUGCCAAUCACCUCUUUUAUGCAAGCUAUUUGAAUAAUUUAUCAAACAAGCUUGAGCGUCGCUAUGAGCGGACGGGAGAGAUGAAUGACCUCCAGGAAGCGAUUGACUUGGCUCGGCGCGCAAUCGAAGCCGCAGCCCCUGAUCAUCCAGAACGUGCGAAGUACUUGGAUAACCUGGGAGACAACCUCGAGAGCCUAUAUGAGCACACCAAAGAAAUGAGCGACCUAGAAGCAGCAAUUGAUGCGUCUAGACAGGCAACCGUAGCCACAGCCAUGCCUAUAAAUCAUCUUGACCAUUUGGGCCGCUUAAAUAACUUAGGGAGCAAGCUUGCGAGCCGAUAUGACCGAACAGGAGUGAUGGAAGACCUCGAUGAGGCGAUUGAUCUGGCUCAGCGGGCAGUUGCGGCCAUACCCAAAGAUCAUCCAGACCGCCCGGGCUACUUAAACAACCGGGGGCACAGGCUUGAGAGACGACACGAACAAACCGGGUCGCCUGACGACCUCAAGGAGGCCUGCGACUCCUUCAUCGAGGCUUGGGAGACUCCAUCGGCUAUCCCGUUUCAUCGCAUCAGGUCGGCUACUCACUGCAUCAGGCUGCUCGUCCUCCAAGGCAAAGCAAAGGCCGCCGCCAAGAUUGGCACAGGAGCCAUCGGCCUGCUCCCUUUGGUCAACACGAAACUCCUUAACCGCACCGAUCAGCAGUAUGUUGUGUCGACUUUUGCAGGUAUAGCCGCGAACACGUGCGCACUAUUACUAGCAAUGGGCAAGGUCAAGGAUGCUCUGCUCCAUCUUGAACAAGGCCGGGCAGUCAUUCUGGGCCAGCUGAUGGAUGGCCGGAGUGAUAUAGCUGGUUGGGCGACGAAAAAACCCAAACUCGCUCGACGGUAUGAGAAGCUCAGAAACAAGGUCAACUCCCCAAUACGUACCCAAGAACAGGGAACGGCAGGAGAUCGAGCACGGCAAGAGCGUAUACAGUCCAUCUCUGAUCUAAACGACUGCAUAACCAAGAUUAGAAAGAUUCCAGGCUAUGAGCGUUUCUUGCGCAGCCAGACAACAGAGCAGAUGAAGAGGUGCGCUAGGGAAGGUAGCAUCGUGAUCAUCAAUAUUACAGAGUUGCGCAGCGAUGCCAUUAUUGUUUCGCCUGCUGCCAUCAAGAGAAUUCAUCUCCCGGACCUAUCAGCAGCUGAGGCGACAACAUGGCUCAACACAUCUUGGACCGGUCGGAGGGCAGAACGGGCAAGGAAGAAUAAAGAAUACGCCAUUUAUCUAUCCUGGCUCUGGAAGACCUGCGUUAAAGUGGUUCUGGAUGCUCUGCGUGCUCUGCACGAGCCUACGGCAUGCGAGCCCUUUAGAGUGUGGUGGAUCGGGAGUGGGCUCGCCAGCUCAAUGCCUUUUCAUGCAGCAGGUAUCCAUGAUCCCGACUCGACAGAGACUGCGUACCACCAGACAAUCUCGUCAUAUACGCCCUCCAUCAAGGCUCUCGCCCAUGCCCAAUGGAAGGAACAGGGCUGCGAGACGUCAAGCGACGCGCUCCUUGCAGUGACGAUGCCGACAACACCCCCUGCCGGUGGCAAGACACCACCAAGUUUACCCGGUGUCAACGAAGAAAUGGAAAACGUUAUUAAACUCAGCAAGGGGCAUAUGCCAGGAGAGGGCAUGAUGCAGCCCAGUGUCGACCAGGUGUUGUCCCAUCUUGAGGGAUGCUCAGUUGCUCACUUUGCUUGCCAUGGAACGACGGAUCCUGUGGACCCGUCAAACAGUGGCCUCAUACUCCAGCGGCAAGGACAAGUUUCCACCGUCGACGAGCAGGAUGGAUGUCGCGAAACUGCUAGGCUCAUCCAAGACAGGCUCACCGUCAAAAUGAUCUCGGAAAUGGACCUGAAGCAUGCCAAGCUCGCCUAUCUAUCCGCGUGCUCAACAGCACAGAACAAGGUAGAGAACCUGUCGGACGAGGUGAUUCACGUGGUGAGCGGCUUUCACGUAGCAGGCUUCUCUCAUGUGGUUGGCUGCCUCUGGCCGUCGAAUGACAGGGUGUGCGUAGAGGUGGCGAGGCUCUUCUAUUCCUCCCUUUUUGCUCAGGACCGGCGCAAGUGGAACAAUGGGAAGGUUGCGUGCGCUCUUAGAGAGGCGUUGAUGGUCGUCCGGGCCGAUGACAUAACAAUGCCACUUAAUUGGGCACAAUACGUCCAUUAUGGGAUUUAG